AACAUUUUCAAUAAUCUUCUCAGUUGAAAUCCAAAAACACAAGUGAAAACACCAUGGAACGCUGGCAUAAACGUAUAGCAGUGGUAACGGGUGCCAGUUCGGGCAUAGGAGCAGCCAUAGUUAAAGAUCUUUUGGAGGCCGGUUUGGUGGUGGCAGCUUUGGCACGACGCAAAUUUCUUAUCGAAGAAUAUGCCAAAGAUUUACCGGAAGAGCAACAGCAACGUUUGCAUGCCCUCAAAUGUGAUGUGUCAUCGCUGAGAAUGGUUAAUGAAACAUUCGAUUGGAUUGAAGCCAAUUUGGGCGGUGUAGAUAUACUUGUUAAUAAUGCUGGUCGCUUUGCUCAGGGUCAAUUAACCACCAUGGAUGUGGAAGAGGUACAAGCUAUACUGCAAGUCAAUGUUAUGGGUGUGGUCUAUUGCACCCAAAGAGCAUUCAAAUCGAUGAAAGAACGCAAUAUUGAUGGUCAUGUUGUCUUGAUCAAUAGUGUUUUGGGUCAUAAUAUUGGAGCUGCGAUGCAGGGUCCGCCAGUUUUUAAUAUCUAUCCACCCACAAAAUAUGCUGUGACAGCCAUAACGGAAAUCUAUCGUCAGGAAUUUAAGGGUUUGGGUACUAGAGUCAAAAUAACGAGCAUUAGUCCCGCCAUGACGGAUACGGAAAUUGUGCCCGAGGAAUGGAAAAAUGCUGCCAAUUCUAUAUUGAAAUCCGAGGAUAUAUCUGAGUGUGUUAUGUAUGCUUUGGCCACUCCGCCGCAUGUUCAAAUUCAUGAGAUUAUUGUAAAUUCUGUUUAAUGUUUUAAUUAGAGUGUGAAAUACACGAUGAAGAUUUUUCUUAUAUUUAACAGUUGUAAGGAA